CAUGCUUUCUUCCAUUUAUUUGUUUAGAUUUCCAAAUGUUUCUUUUUGAAGGUCUCUUGUCAUGUGGCAUAUAUUAGUAAAAACACUCUUUAACAUUUGUGAUCAGUUUUAUUAUAUUAUUAUACGUUUGGAUGACAAUUAAAUCAAAAUGAAGUAUUAAUAUUUCAUCAGUGUUUUUCAAUUAAUUGAGUUUCAUUUCAGCUCUGUCAGCAUUUUUUUACAAAUAAUGGCAGUUAAUAAAAGCCAAUCACUAAAAUGUAAAGAUCUGCAUGACUAUUUAAAAACUUUAUCUGCUGCCACACUUGAAAAAUUAUAUAACCAUCCUGCAACUUGCCUAGCUGUUUUUAGAGAGUUGCCUACUUUGUCCAAGCAUUAUGUUACUCGUUUAUUAUUUGUAGAGCAGCCUGUUCCACAAGCAGUCAUUGGGUCAUGGUUACAUCAGCAGUAUGUUAAGCAGCAUCUGGAAGCUGUAGAAGCCCUCUGUGAGCUACAUCUAUAUGUGGAAUAUCCAGUUCCUGGUGGUCUGCCAGGUUGGAUUCUUAAUCCAACUUUUAGAAAGAAUUUGAAAGUUGCUUUGCUCGGAGGUGGGAAGCCUUGGGCGGUAUGUGCCAUUUUAGAAAAAGAUAAGCAUGCAAGAGAUGUUAAUUUCCUUGAUACCUAUGCUAUGGAGCGUUGGGAAGCUCUUUUACAUUUCAUGGUUGGAUCCCAGCAGGCAGAAAACACGGUGAGCAGUGAUGCCAUCAAAGUGUUGUUGCAUUCCGGCUUGAUGAGAAAAGAAAAUGACUCAAACAUCAUUACUACAGAAGGCUUUCAAUUUCUCCUCAUGACAACAGCUUCUCAAGUAUGGCAUUUUAUGCUUCAAUAUCUUGAUACAGUAGAGGAGAGAGGAUUAAAUCUUGUGGAUUGCCUAACUUUCCUUUUCCAGCUUAGUUUUCUUACAUUAGGAAAAGAUUAUAGUACAGGCGAUAUGAAUGAAUCUAUGCUUGUGUUUGUGCAACAUUUACGAGAACUCGGGAUUGUUUAUCAAAGAAAACGAAGAUCGGGACGUUUUUAUCCCACUCGAUUAGCCAUUAAUUUAGCUUCUGGCUUAAAAGAAGUGAAUCUAGAUGUGAAUAAAGCUGGUUACAUUGUUGUUGAGACUAACUAUCGUGUUUAUGCAUAUACUGAUUCUCAUCUCCAAAUAGCUUUAAUUGCUCUUUUUUGCGAAAUGAUGUACAGGUUCCCUAAUUUUUCUGUUGGUGUUUUUACAAGGGAAAGUGUCAGAGAAGCUCUCAAAAGUGGUAUCACUGCUGAUCAGAUAAUUAAAUUUUUGCAGAUGCAUGCUCAUCCAGAAAUGCUAAAACAGAAACCUGUCCUUCCUCCAACUGUUGUGGAUCAGAUCAGACUCUGGGAGAUGGAAAGAGAUCGUUUCAAAUUCACAGAGGGCGUCCUUUACAGCCAAUUUUUAUCACAAAGUGAUUUUGAGCUGCUUUGUAACUAUGCUCAAGAUCUUGGUGUAUUAAUCUUCAGCAAUCCUGCCAGACGUGUGAUGUUGGUUAGCAAAAGUGGUCAUGAUGAUGUUAAAAGGUUUUGGAAACGACAUCGGAAAGAUCUGUAGUAUCUACUCCAAAGCUCUUCGACAUCAUGUUGUAAUUGCUACAUUGUAAUAUAACAUUUCAUUUACAUUAUUUAAUUCUUUUAGUUAUAUUUCUGUUCAUGGUUUUUAUAAUAAACAUUG